CAACAGGAGCGGACACGCACACACACACACACACACACACACAGCGUCAAGUGCGUUGAAAAGCAGCUUGCCGGUUUAACUACAAUUGAGACGUGGCUCCCGCGACCCUCCGUUGUGCAGUAGGUUAUAUGAUGCUUGUGGCGCGUUCAGGUGCCCGGGACGGUCUGAUAUAUCAGAUUGACUCCGCACGGGACGGUGUUACGAUAUUCGCCGUGCUGCGUGACGUAGCAAAAGCGGCGUGACCACGCGUGCUCCGCGUCCUCAUGCUCGCGUUACAGCCAAUCAAGCACUUUUUUAUUUUUUUGCCCGGACCAAUGAGGCACUCGUUUUUCUUUUUUGCUUCAGGACCGAGCUGUUUUUAUUAUCUUUGUUAUUUACAUGCCGUCCUGCUCUCUCGAGCGUGCGCGCGUCAAAACGCGUCGUGACGCGAGUCCUCGCCGCGAGCGCGAGCGCCGCUGCCGCUUAACGACGCUCAACCGACUGCGGCUCAGUUUGAAAUGGGCGGGAAGCUGCACGAAACUCUUCGAGCUCGUCCCUCCUGAAAGGCAUUGGACGGCUGCAGCUCGGCGGCGCUCGUAGCCUCGUUUUGCUCUUUCAUUCGUUUUCCGACGCGCGAUUUGGAAGGCACCGAUCGCCUCUUGUCUGCACUACAGAACAACAACUGGAUGGCAGGGUUUUUUUUUCUUUUCUUUUUAACACCGUGCACCUGCAUAUCAGACUAUUUGAAGUGUAUUUGUGACCCACAGAUAAGCUGAAGCACUUUCAGUGCUGCCUGAGGGGCGCCAAUACUUAAUCGUCUCUGCGUCACUCCGACUUGACAUUCGGAUCUCAUCUGGAGCGAUUUGCUUUCUAGAUGGUAUCCAGCACUCCUUUUUUUCCCCCAACAGAGAUCAUCAAGUGGAUGCAAAUUCAACCCCGACCAGGUCCUACCAGGAUCCAGUAAGGCUGCUGUGGAUUAGAGACCAGGAGGCAGGAGCAUGCUGAAGUUGGCUCGUGUGUGAUCGUACGGCACGUUUUCGGCUGAUGGGGACUAAAAAGCCUCCUCCUCGGAUAGAGAUGGCGUGAUAUCCCUGUUUUUUCCGCGCUGAGAGCGGUCGCUACAGUGGGACGAUAUUAAAAGCUGAGGUGGGCGGACCUUGGCAUUGCACCAUCUUUUUUUUGUUGGGCUGGAAGAAGAGACUAUUUACUACAGAUCCGUGUUGAUUUGCGUUACAUGCAGAGUUGCUCUUCAAAAGCAACAUCACGGGGGUCUGAGUCUGUUGAGGCUGUUUGUUUGGGUUUUUGUUUUAUCUUCUCCUUCACACGCUGAAUAUCUUGUGAAGAUCAUGGCCGAAGCCCCAGAUAUAAACACCUUGGCCAAUGCUGCUGCAAGAGGAGACUUGGAAGAAACCAAGAAGCUGCUGGAGUGCAAUAUUGACGUGAACACCAAGAACAAAUACGACAGGACACCACUGCAGGUGGGGAAACUUGGUAAUCCUGAGAUAACGGAGGCCCUGUUGCGCGCGGGCGCGGACCCGAAUGUACGCGACCGGUGCAAACAACUGACGCUGAUGCACGACGCGGCGCGCGAUGGACACGCGGACACGGUCCACGUGCUUCUUCAGUACGGCGCAGACGCAAACCUCCGAGACACCGACGGCAACCUGCCCCUGCAUUUGGCGGCGCGCGAGGGACACCGCGGCACUGUGGAGCUCCUGGCGCCGCACACCCAUCACCCUUUCUCCUCCAAUCAUGCGGGUUUCACGCCCGUGCAACUGGCAACACAACAUCACAGAGACGAUACGGCCCGCUGGCUAGAGAGCUACAGGCAGGUGCCUUCAUCCGAGUAGGUAGACCCCGCGUUUGUGCUGUGACAGAGGUAGAGAAGAAAUGCAUGCUGAAUGGAAGGUUUAGUAGUAUUAUAUUCAGCUAACUACCUCUUUUUAUAUUUAAAAAAAUUAAUAACUUGAACGAAUAUUAUUAUGUACGUAUAAAAUGGCCAAGCUGCUGUUGUAAUCAGUCAACAAAAUAUUUCUUUUGUAUUAGAAUUUUGAUAUCUAAAUAUCAAUUUUUAAUGUGAACACGUCAGUAGAUGGAGAGGAGUCACUUCUUCACUCUCAGAAAUAAAAGGAACGAACUUGGACUUUUUCUCUUUGGUGUCUGGUACCAUCAAAUGCUUGAAUUUCCCUUGAGCGUGUAUAGAAAAGUGUAUAGUAAAGUUACUGUAGAGUCACUUCUUUUAGCUGUUUUACAUUUAACAUAGUACUAAACUGUAGUUUCCGUUCGUUCUGUCAAAUGUUUUAACGUAAAUACAAAAUAUAAUGAAAAAAGGUAUUGCAAAAUGUAUUAUUUACACGUUUCUAGAUAAAUAAUGUACACGAAAUUAUCACACAAGCGACGAGAAAAUGCACAGUGUACUACCAAUCCAUUCUGAGAGUAAGGAGCAAUUAUGAACCUCAAUGAAUUUUAUAAAAAUAAGAUAUUUUCUAGUUAAAGCAUACACACUUAACGUACAAAAUGUGUCCCCCGGAUGGUUAUACUACACAAACUCAGAAAAAAAAGUGUGUACACACAGAAAGCAGUAAUGAUAGAAAUUGACCAUAUCCAUCAAAUUACCUGAGAAUAUUAUAUGAUUGGAAUUGUGGGGUUUUUAAUGUCUUCAGUUGCUUCAGUUUGUUAAAUAAUUUGCACUUUUGCUUGUAGAUAAUUUAGCAUUUUGAUAUUUGUAAAAAAAAAAAAGAAAAAAAAAAGAAUUACUGUGAACAAAUCUUUUUUUUUUGUUGUUUGAUUUUGUUUGAUGUUUUUUUGUUUAGAUUUUUUUUUUUGCAAACUACAUAUUCUCUCAAAUACAGUCCAAAGAGAAAACCAAAGACUAAGAUUAUUAUCAACAACAACAACAAAAAAAGAGUAUCUCCAUUUUUUGUCUUGUGUUAGUUUCAGUGCAGUUCAUAUAAUUUAACACAUCUGAUUCCCAACAUUGCAUAUCAAGUCAAAGUGCCAUCUAUUCACUUGGAUUAUGUCUUUUUUUGAACGUUACUAAUGUCUGUAUUGUUUCAUUAUAUAAAGAAAUAAAACGUGCUAAACGUG